ACCGUUUUUGGAACAGUGCAGAUUCCAUUUCUUUAAUUCUUUGCCCGUGGUUUAGUUCGGAAUAUUUUUCGUUCUUUCUUUAUUCUUGUACUGCAUUGAUGUAAGAACGUUAGUUUCAGUAGUUUUCGGUGGGUCUAAUGAUUGUGGACAGCGAAAGGGGUUUAUGGGACAUUAAUGGGGCUAAAAAGGCAAUGGAAUAAUUUCAUGAGUAAUAAAUUGGGUUCGUUUUUAUUUUUUCUACUAUAGUGGAGUAGUAUUUGUUCUUAACAGCUUCAGAUCCAAGCGAAACAAGUAAUAUAUAAAAAAUGCAAGAGCCAAAAUUAGUGAUUGAUUGACACCUUCAAGGGACUGCACACGAGACAUUUCUCCUUUUCCUUAAUGGUACAGGUGCAGAGGAUAAUGUUGCAGAGUAUUAUCAGCAACAGGUAGAGAUGCUGGAGGGGUUCAAUGAAAUGGAUGUACUAGCAGAGCAAGGUUCUGUACCAAGAGUGUCAAAGGAAGACAGGGAAAAGUUGGUUAGAAGUGAAACAAUUGCCAUUAGGAUGUCAAAUGUUGCAAAUAUGCUUCUUUUUGCAGCUAAAGUUUAUGCAUCCAUCAGGAGUGGUUCGUUGGCCAUUGUUGCGUCAACUUUAGACUCGCUUCUUGAUCUACUAUCUGGUUUUAUCCUGUGGUUCACUGCUUUUUCCAUGCAGACGCCAAAUCCUUAUCGAUAUCCUAUUGGAAAGAAACGUAUGCAGCCUCUGGGAAUCCUUGUUUUCGCUUCUGUCAUGGCAACUUUAGGCCUGCAGAUUAUACUGGAAUCCCUGCGCACAUUAGUUUCUGAUGAUGACGAAUUCAAUUUGACAAAGGAGCAAGAGCAAUGGGUCAUUGGCAUUAUGCUUUCAGUGACUCUGGUGAAACUAUUUCUGUUUGUCUAUUGCCGCACGUUUGCAAAUGAGAUUGUCAGGGCAUAUGCCCAGGAUCACUUUUUUGAUGUUAUCACCAACAUCAUUGGCCUCGUUGCUGUAGUAAUGGCUAACUAUUUCAGUGACUGGAUGGACCCUGUUGGAGCUAUUAUUCUGGCAUUGUACACUAUCCGAACAUGGUCGUUAACUGUGCUGGAGAAUGUGAGCUCACUUAUUGGGAGAUCAGCUGCACCAGAAUAUCUACAGAAACUCACUUACCUAUGCUGGAAUCACCACAAAUCCAUAAGGCAUAUCGACACUGUAAGGGCAUACACCUUUGGUUCUCACUAUUUUGUCGAGGUGGAUAUUGUGUUGCCAGCUGACAUGCCCCUGCAAGAAGCUCAUGACAUUGGAGAAUCCUUGCAAGAGAAGCUCGAAUUUUUGCCCGAGAUUGAGCGUGCUUUUGUUCAUCUCGAUUACGAGUAUAGUCAUAAACCUGAACAUGCACAAGCGCAUCUUUAGCUUGAAGGUAUUGUCGUCCACAUUGCUACCAUCAAUUAUUAUUGCCACCUAUAAGUUUUAGUAAUGCUGUUCAACUAAGUUGUCUGGACCUUUAUAGAAUGGCCAAAUUAACAUACGAAUGGUGCUCUAAGUUGACCACGUGAUGUGUGUAUCGAAGGUUCUGUAUAUAAAGUCGAAAAGACUUUGCUCUCGAGAAAGAGAACAAUAUUGUGAUGACGGGAAAGUGGCGUAUAUUAAUGUAAGUGAACAUUGCUAUAUGCUGAUACCAUAUGUUCAUUAUGUACUGUGAGUUUUAAUUCAAUGAAAUAAACUGAAUUAUGAAUCCCUUUA